UCUGUGUCAGUGGGUUAAUUUGUCUCUGCUGUUGUGUUGGGCCAACCGAGUAAAUUUUGGCUUCUUUGUCUCCCUGAUUAAGGCCUAAAUUACAGAUUUUCUUUCUUUUGUUUAUGCUCUUACGGCUCUAGCUAUUAGCACUAGAGUUUCUCUUUAACGGGGCUGCCUUCCUUGUCUGCAAGUUUAAGCAGAAAAGCUUCAUCCGCCCCCGCAUGCCAGCCACUAACCCAUUGCCCACACCAUCUUCAACAGGAAUCACAGUGACUUAUUCUUUUCAAAAGUGUAUGCUUUUGUAGAGCUAAAAAAUGGGAGAGCUUUUGGGACUGCUAAAAGUGGUAGUUGUGCAAGGUAAAAGGUUGGUCAUCCGGGAUUUCAAGAGCAGUGAUCCUUAUGUUGUAGUCAAGCUCGGUGAUCAGGUGGCAAAGACUAAGGUUAUCAACAGUUGCCUUAAUCCAGUCUGGAAUGAAGAGCUAACAUUCUCCCUCACUGAUCCUGUUGGAGUUUUAAAUUUGGAAGUAUUUGACAAAGACCGUUUCAAGGCAGAUGACAAGAUGGGACAUGCUUAUCUAAACCUUCAGCCACUUGUCUCUGCUGCUAGAAUGAGCCAUGUUCUGCAAGUUUCUUCUGGUGAGAUGCCGCUAAGGAAGGUUGUCCCUGACAGUGAUAAUUGUCUUGUUAGAGACAGUUCUAUUUGUUGCAUAAAUGGUGAAGUGGUUCAGAGCGUUUGGUUAAGGCUUUGUGCAGUUGAGUCUGGGGAGAUAGAACUAAAGGUCAGGUUAAUAGAGACUUCUGAUGGUCCUUCAAGAUAGUUGAGCCAUCUGCUGAUGUGCAGAUGCUCGUGAGAUAGUGUUGGGGUGCUGGUGCGUGGGUUUUAUCCUGUAUCUUUUGUACGAAGAAGUGGGGGAGUGGAUGGUUCUACAGAAUUUACAGUCAGUCUAGGCAUACUUCUCUAAGUAUAGGGAGACAGAGUUGAAUGUCUCCGGAGUCUUAGUUUUCCCAGGCAGUUUUAAAAGUAGAUUAGAAGUAUCAGGCCAUCAGCUUAAGGUACUGUGCAUAAAAUAGGUGGUUUGAAACAGUUUCUAAUGGAAUGGAAAGCCGUUUGUUCUAUCCUGAUUAUAUUUUAUGGGAUGGCAACGGGCAAUGAACUCGUAACUGCACAAACUGUAAUAGUAUAUGCAUGUCUGCAAUUGGUUUUACUAAA